GAACAUCGCCAUAUGUAAUUCAGCCAGACCGAGAUUGCAAAGAGAUAAGCCGUUAGUGGCGGUUGGAAACGUUGGAAGCCAAGCCAUAGCCAGCCAUGCUCGCAUCCACAGCUUCUCAACUCAGAACUUUCCACUCCCUCUCCCCCUUACCACCCCUAACGUUUUCUUCUCCCUUCAGACUCUCCCUCAGUUUCCGGCAAUCCAAGCGGAAAUGCACUCUGCAAGCCUCGGUUCCUCCAUUCCCUCUCAGAGUUUCUGCUAGUUCCCAAGCUGCCCCUGCUUCCACUGAAGCGGCCAAAGCCUCCUCCGUACCCUCCGAAAUGAAGGCUUGGGUUUAUGGGGAGUAUGGGAGUGUCGAUGUUUUGAAGUUUGACUCUAACGUUUCGGUGCCGGAAGUGAAGGAGGACCAGGUUCUGAUCAAGGUUGCAGCGGCGGCGCUUAACCCUGUCGAUUUCAAGAGGAGGCAGGGAAAGUUCAAGGCCACUGAUUCGCCUCUUCCGACUGUUCCUGGCUAUGAUGUUGCUGGGGUGGUGGUAAAAGUAGGCAGUCAAGUAAAGGACCUAAAGGUGGGGGAUGAGGUAUAUGGAGACAUACACGAGAAAGCAUUGGAAGGGCCCAAACAGUUUGGCUCUCUUGCAGAGUACACAGCCAUCGAGGAAAAAUUGUUGGCCCCAAAGCCAAAGAACCUGGAUUUUGUUCAGGCUGCUGCAUUACCUCUUGCAAUUGAGACUGCCUAUGAGGGUCUAGAAAGAACUGGGUUUUCUGCUGGUAAAUCCAUUCUUGUUUUAAAUGGUGCUGGUGGAGUUGGAAGCCUGGUUAUUCAGUUAGCAAAACACGUGUUUGGUGCAUCAAGAGUUGCAGCAACUUCAAGCACUGGAAAAUUGGAGCUGUUAAAGAACUUGGGUGCUGAUUUGGCCAUAGAUUAUACUAAGGAGAAUUUUGAAGAUUUGUCAGAAAAAUUUGAUGUCGUCUAUGAUGCUAUUGGGCAGUGUGAAAGGGCAGUGAAGGUAGUGAAAGAAGGGGGCAGUGUGGUUGCCCUAACUGGUGCUGUCACACCUCCUGGUUUCAGAUUUGUAGUCACCUCAAAUGGAGCUGUUCUGAAGAAACUGAACCCCUUUUUAGAGAGUGGGAAGGUGAAGCCAGUUAUUGACCCCAAAGGACCAUUCCCAUUCAACCAGGUUGUGGAGGCUUUCUCAUACAUUGAGACAAAUCGAGCAACUGGAAAGGUAGUUAUACAUCCAAUUCCAUGAGGAGAAUGAAAAACUGGGAAAUUUUUCAUUUAUUUCAAAUAAUGUUCUUUAUGCUCACAGUAGUGAUGAUAUCAUGAUGAUGAUGAUGAUGAUCUCUAUAUAUAUAUGAGACUGACGAGAUGAGUUAAUAAAAUAUCUAUAAUACGUGAUAA